AUGGCCGAGUUAGCGAUUGGAGGUGUAUCCUUCUUCUUCCAAGUGUUCGCAGGAUGUAUCCAAGGUUACGAACUGAUCGCUGAUGCUUGUCAUUUCCGCAAGGACUGUCAGGCUCUUCUGGUUAAUUUCAAGAUCGAAGAACAUAGACUACUCAACUGGGCAAAGCUUGUACAGCUCGAUUAUCGAGAUGACAAGCUGGUUCUGAACCACAUGUCGAAAGGCCUGAUCAUCAAUAUCAUGGAACAGCAGCAAAAACUUCUUUUCUCAUUCGGUCGACUAGACAAGAAGUAUGAUAGGCUCACAGAUCCUCUACUGGAGGAAGCAGCUGAAGAGUUUGUCCUACAAAAUUCGGAUCAGCUGAUCGAGAAUGGUACCAACGGCUCUGGCGAAGGGAACGCAAAGUCUGUCCGGUUCCCGCCUACCGAAGAGUUGGUGAAGAUGUCUCUCAAGUUCGUGCAACAAUUCAAGGAUGUGCCCAAGAGGCUCAAAUGGGCUACAUUCGACCACCAGAAGAUGGAAAGGCUAAUUGCAAAACUGGCCGAUUUUAACGAUAAAAUGCACGAAGCACUCGAUAAGGCUCAAGUGGACCUCCUCAUCGAUAUGCAGACACGCACCAAUGACCAAAUAGUCCUGCUGAACAGAACUAUGUCGCAUAUGGUUCAAAUCUACCAGUCACAGCAAUCAGAACAGAUCGGCUUCCGAAGAUCUUACUCACUGCUAGAUAUGGGAGACUCUGAGUACGACGGACUCAUGGGUAGUGGCGCUAUUACGGCUCGCGGUGCUGCACACCAGCCGCUGGCCGCUCUAGCCCAACAAAACUUCAUUCACCUUGCUAUCGAAGACUCUCACGAAGACCUUACAUCAAACUAUGCACGAGAGAUCAACAUGCCAGAUCUGCCGGAUGAUAUCCGCCAUACUAAGCUUCAGUACAAAGACGUACGACCUAGGCAAGGCGACCAUUUCCCCCAAGAAAUCGACGAGGGUGUACGUACGGAGGCAUACUACAAGAAUAUGCCUGUAUGGAUUGAGUGGAAAACUCCCGACACCUCCAGUCCCAUGCAGCAAGAUGGUGCAGUUGAUUCCAAAAUCCAUGCUCGUGUCAAGAAACUAGCUGCCUUGCUCAGUAAGCACAACAGGACAGUUCGAUUCAGAGCACCUUUCUGCCGCGGCUAUUUUAUCGAUGAGGACGAAGGACGUUUUGGUCUGGUUUUUGAAAAACCUGCGUCUGUCUCGCCGGAUACUGAGCCCACAUCUCUGCAUGCGCUCAUCACAAACACAGAAAACGACAUACCUUCGCUCACUGACCGUAUCACACUUAUGCGCCUGCUCGCCGAGACAGUCGAACGUCUGCAUGCAGUCGAUUGGCUGCACAAGGGCCUGCGCUCUGCCAACGUACUCCUCUUUCCCAAGAAGGGGAGUAAAGUCGAAAAUGGCCAGGUCAAGGAAGGUGAAAUCAACUACGCGGAUCCUUUCGUCAGUGGUUUCGACUAUUCUCGCCCAGCUACGAGUGACGAUAUGACUGAACGCCCUCUUGACAACCCCGCCGCAGAUAUCUAUCGUCAUCCCUCCAUACAGCACAAAGGGAACCGUGAAGACGCCGGCGGUCGUGAGUCUUACAAGAAAUCUUUUGAUCUCUACUCGCUCGGCAUCGUCCUGUUGGAGAUUGCGUAUUGGAAAACCAUCGACCAGAUUCUCCAUAUCGACCUCGAAACUGCCCGGCCUAAACAUACGUGGGGUGUAGAGAAGAUGUUGUUAGAGAAUGAACCACAACAUCUUCGCGGUGUGAGAAGUUAUCUAGGUAAUACAGUAGAAGGUGUGAUCAGGGCUUGUCUCCAGGGACCCACAGCGUUUGAUCUCGAUGCAGAUGCGGAUGAAAAGAGAGAGGUUGUUGCUGCGCAGUUACAGAGGGCAUUUGGCGAGAAAGUUGUCAAGAAGCUGGCAUGUAUGAAGGGAUUAUAG